AUGAAGUUUGCCAAAACGUUGCAGGAAGAGCUUCUGCAAGAAUGGCAAGAGCACUACAUCAACUACAAGAGUCUCAAGAAGGUGCUGAAGCUGGACCAAGUGGAGGCAGUUCCGGCGUUUUGCAACCUCCUUGAUUCCGAGAUUUGCAAGGUCCAGCGUUUCCUCUUACAGCAGCAAGAGGGUCUAUGGAAGGCCCUCGCGGCAAUCAAUGUGGAAGUUCCUGGGAAGAACAGCUCGGGGACCCUUCGCAAUGUCAACGCUUCCUGCGAGUCCGUGGUCUCUACAAUUCAGCAGCUCCAAAGUUACGUUGCGCUGAAUCACACAGCCGUCCAGAAGAUCAUCAAGAAGUUUGACAAGCGUUUCCACGUUCAUUUUUCCGAGAUGGUCCCUGCGCCAGUGAAGUCGCAUGUGGUCAUCAAUGCCAACAGUAUAGGUACCUGGCUGCUUGCACCUGCGCAGCAGUGCUUGAGGCUGGUGCGAACCUUUGCAGGCAAUACGGCUCCGCUUGAACGACCCUUACGCCAGUUCAACUUCUGGAUGCAGGAGCUGCGAGCAGGCGCCAUGGUCGCCAAGUCACAGACAGCAGGAGAAAUGUGGAAAGCGACCAAUCUCCGCUUGCAGCUGACAUGUGGCAAGGAUAUAGAAUGCCGCAUCAGGAACACAUUCAUUGAUGUGACGCAGAGGGAUCAACAUCCACGUCAGCGAUCUCGUUCCCUUCCAGCACGGUUGCCUCAUGAGGCGUUCAAGCCUGGGCAGCGGCAUUGCAUGGCUCUGGCUGUGGAGCCCGCCCAGCACCGCGCGCCCCAUGCUGUUCCUGAGAUCGACGACUCGCAGUCCCGCGACACCUCGUUCGACACCUCGCCGGUUGAUAGCCCAUCAUGGCCGGCGCUAUGGGAGACCAAGCAAGGUGGAGACGCCGCUGAGCCAGCAAAGGCUGCCGAUGAGGUUCAUGAACCUUGGCCUGCACAGCUCAGAGAGGCACGCGAGCUAUUGGAAGGGAUCGAACACGAAGAUGGUCAUAGGAAAGGAAUUUCAGAAGGCCGCUGGAGGACCGUGGCGACAGGGACAGCGUGUCCUCCAAGUGCCAUCGACCGCCGCUCGGGGAUUGACUUCCAAGAGCGAUGGCCACACUGUGGUCGAGUGACGGUGGCCGCGGCAUCGGCAGCUCUGGCUGAGAAAAGCUCAAGAUGUGCGAAAGCACUGAGAAAGGGCGUCCUGUCUGGUGGUGUCUGGGAAGGCAACUGGAAAGAUGUACUCCAGGCUGGGUUGCCAGUGAAGCUUGAGGCAGAGAAAGAAGCUUUUGCCGCCAAACCCUCCGCCGCCAUUGCCUUCAUUGGUGCUGAUUUGGUGGCUGAGGCAGGUGGCAUCCCUGAAGCAACUGCCCAAUUGGGCGCUGCAUUGAGGGUGUCGCGUCUGAUCUCCUGUGUGGUCGACGGUGCCAUCGGACACUUCCAGAAGAAGUCUCGCUGGAGAAGGAAACUCCUGGAGCUUUUCAAGCACAAGCCACCUGUGUGUGAAUUGGAAUCCAGCAAGGCCAUCUCUGUUGCAUUUCUCUGCUGUGCAGUGACCAGCCUGGUGAUUCCUCGAGGAGGAAGCAUGGAAACGAAGGUGGAUGAGACUGGAGUGACUGCUGUGGUGCUCUUGGCUGAUGAUUUGGCGGCUGCUGACAGCUGUGGUCAGCAGCUGGCAGAGCGAUUUCCUCAUGCAGCUGUUGUCGGUGCAGUUGGAGCGCGCUGGCUGAUGAACGAUCGUGUCAUGCCCUCCCUGGCAGCACUGGGAGCUGAGGGUGGUUUUCCCUCAGGUCCUUGUGGAACUGUGAGACUGGCUGAGGGCGCCGUGGCUUUGCUCUUGCGCGGUCCUAAGUUGGAGGUGGUUUGCUGCGAUGGAAUGCGAGGAGUGAAGCCGGAGCUUGAAGUCACCCGUAUCUUGGGACGUGAUCGAAUUGAACACUUCAACAAUGCCCCGGCCUGGCCACGUCUUUUGGAGGUCUUUCAAGGUGCCUCUUUGGAGGAGCAACUCCAACUGCGCUCUCACAAAGCUGUGGUUUGCGUUCGGAAUCCUGGUGAGUUGCGGCGCGUUCGGAUGCUUCAGCACGAUCAAAACAGUGGAGCCGUGACCAUUCCAGGGUCCGACAUUGCUGUUGGUGCAAGGGUUCAAUUGCUGAUCAGACACCGUGGUGUUGCAGAGAAGAACCUAACCCUGCUGCCUGAGCGACUUUCUUUGGAGCAUGCUUUGUCCCCACAGCAGCUGUGUGGCUGCUUUGUCUUUGCAGACCGGGCAAGAGGCCAGGGCUUCUUCGGCCGUGAAGCCGACGCUGCGCUGGUCCGGCGUUUGUUGCCCAGCGGCCAUGUCUGCGGUGCUUUCUGCCGCGGGCAGCUGGCGAUGUCGCCGGGUGCUCCCGCGGCAGCCCAGCGGCUCGGAGCAGUCUUCGGAUUCCUCACUGACUCGACGUUGACUGAUUGA